CGCGCCAAGUUUGAUUAAGGCGCUAGAUUUAGGUGCUGAGUUUUGACUUUCUCCCUACACACGUUACUGUGCAUGUGACCUAAGUGCACAACGUACCCCUUGGCUAGACGUGAACUGUUACAUCUAUCCAACACGUGAGAAAAGUAAUUCCUGAUUACUAUUUUGACUUUACCUGCGAUUUGAUUGAUAAUUUUAUUAGUUCCAGGCGUUAUAGAGAAUAUUUUACCAUGAGAAAGCUUUUGCAGCUUUUCCCCUUUCAACGAAACCUACUGGUAAACAAGCUUGUAAACUAUUCAGUACGUGGACAAGAUUCAGAUUUUAUUCGGCUUCACGGCAUCGAUGUGGUCCGGGAUCCGAGAACAAAUCGAGGAACUGCAUUCACUCUCAAUGAACGACAAUUACUUGGUAUACAUGGGCUACUCCCACCUUCCGUAUUAACUCUGGACCAACAGGUAUCAAAAAUGCUGGCCAAUCUAAAAAAUAUGAACGAUAAUUUGCAGCGUUACGUUUAUCUUACUUCAUUACAAGAUCGAAAUGAAGCUCUAUUUUAUAAGCUUGUCAUCGAGCAUGUAGAAUAUUGUAUGCCGUUGAUAUAUACACCAACUGUUGGUUUGGCUUGUCAACGCUAUGGUGUAGUAUUUCGACGACCUCGAGGUCUAUACAUAACAGUACACGAUCGACAUCAUAUACCUGAGAUUCUAAAUAAUUGGCCUGAACCUAUUGUGAAGGCUAUUGUGUUUACUGAUGGUGAACGAAUUCUUGGUUUGGGUGAUUUGGGUGCAUAUGGCAUGGGGAUACCUAUUGGGAAACUGUCGUUGUAUACAGCACUAGCUGGUGUUCAUCCGAAAUAUUGUUUACCAAUCCUUCUAGAUGUUGGUACAGAUAAUCAAGAACUAUUGAAUGAUCCUGUAUAUACAGGUCUUAAACAUAAGCGUAUACGCGAUGAACGCUAUGAUGAAUUAAUCGAGAAUUUUAUGCAAGCUGUUGCAGAACGUUACGGAAACCAUUGUUUGGUUCAAUUUGAAGAUUUUGGCAAUCAUAAUGCAUUUCGUUUACUUGAACGAUAUCAAAACUCAUACUGCACUUUCAACGAUGAUAUACAAGGCACGGCAGCUGUAACGGUAGCCGGUUUACUAGCCGCCGGUCGUAUUACACAGCGUAAGCUUGCGGAUAAUAUAUAUCUUUUCGUCGGUGCUGGUGAAGCCGCAACUGGUAUCGCUCAAUUACUGGCAACAUCACUACAACUGAAUGGAUUGGAUGAAAAAGAGGCCUUGAGUAAAAUGUAUAUGUUCGAUAAGGAUGGACUGUUAACACAUUCACGUCAAGAAGGUGCACUGACAGAUCAUAAUAAAGUGUUUGCUCGUGACGAUACAGAGAAUAUACGUAAACUGGAAGAUGCAGUGCGAAUAUUAAAACCGACAGUGAUUAUUGGUGCAUCUGGACAAGGUGGUAUUUUCACAGAUGCUAUCCUUCAACAAAUGGUUAAAAAUUCUGAACGGCCAAUCAUAUUUUCAUUGAGCAAUCCAACUUCGAAAUCCGAGUGCACCGCUGAAAGAGCAUAUCGAAUCACAGAGGGUCGAUGCGUGUUUGCCAGUGGUUCACCCUUCAGUGAUGUUUCAGUUAAAGUUUCUGGGAAAGUAGUACAUUUUCAACCUGGUCAGUGUAACAAUUCUUACAUUUUCCCUGGUGUGGGACUGGCCAUUACACUGUGCCAAAUUCGUCCAGUUUUACAAGAACUGUUUGUGAUCGCUGCUGAAUGUUUAGCCGAUCAAGUAGAGGAAAAAGACUUGAAUGUCGGUCGUGUAUUUCCACCGUUACGAGAUAUACGCCGUGUUUCAUUAGCCAUAGCGGUCCGUGUUGCCGAAUAUGCCUAUUCGAAGGGUGUUUGUCAUUAUUUACCACAACCUAAAGAUAUUGAAUUGUAUUUAUCUCAAAAAAUGUAUGAUCCAAACUAUAUACCAGUUAUACCGAAAAUAUAUGAUUGGCCUCCUGAUGUCACUGAUACAGUCGCAUGA